AUGAAUUCACCAGAGGACAGUUCUUCCUCUUCCACUCAGAAGACCUCAAAUUGGACCGACCACCAAACAUCCACUCCACAGCCAGGACUUAGCCCUGCUAGCCCAGUUCAAACACCUGUUUCAACCAACCCUGCUAGCCUGUCUCAAUCACUAAUUUCACCCCAGAAACAGAGUACAGCGGAGAAAGGAACCUCUGAUGCGUCACAGCCACACAGUGAACGGCGCAAGAGGGGGAGGCCACCCAAACACAAGAAACCUCAUGCUGUCCCAGAACAUCAGAUCCAGUCCACUUCAGAUUCAGACCCAUGUUCACAGCGAGAGGACCAAAUGAAUGCUUUCACAGUGACACAGCCCCUGUCAUCCAUCUCACCUGUGCCUGAGGACAGGUGUCAGCCACCUGAUGCCCAAACAGAGGUUGAGACGCAGCCCCUGUCACCCAUCUCACCUGUGCCUGAGGACAGGUGUCAGCCACCUGAUGCCCAAACAGAGGUUGAGACGCAGCCCCUGUCACCCAGCUCACCUGUGCCUGAGGACAGGUGUCAGCCACCUGAUGCCCAAACAGAGGUUGAGACGCAGCCCCUGUCACCCAGCCCACCUGUGGGCGCCUCUGGACUACCAUCCCCCACCAAGGACUUACAGAAGGUACAGCAUAAUGAAGGGACCCAUCUCUCUAGUCCAUCUGUAGAACAAGGAGAUACAACCAGCCCAAAUGUCCUAACUGCUGGAGAACACACAGACUCACUGACCAGCGAGCUAGGGGCUGAACCACUUGUUUCACCCCAGAAACAGAGUACAGCGGAGAAAGGAAUCUCUGAUGCGUCACAGCCACACAGUGAACGGCGCAAGAGGGGGAGGCCACCCAAACACAAGAAACCUCAUGCUGUCCCAGAACAUCAGAUCCAGUCCACUUCAGAUUCAGACCCAUGUUCACAGCGAGAGGACCAAAUGAAUGCUUUCACAGUGACACAGCCCCUGUCAUCCAUCUCACCUGUGCCUGAGGACAGGUGUCAGCCACCUGAUGCCCAAACAGAGGUUGAGACGCAGCCCCUGUCAACCAGCUCACCUGUGCCUGAGGACAGGUGUCAGCCACCUGAUGCCCAAACAGAGGUUGAGACGCAGCCCCUGUCACCCAGCUCACCUGUGCCUGAGGACAGGUGUCAGCCACCUGAUGCCCAAACGGAGGUUGAGACGCAGCCCCUGUCACCCAGCUCACCUGUGCCUGAGGACAGGUGUCAGCCACCUGAUGCCCAAACAGAGGUUGAGACGCAGCCCCUGUCACCCAGCCCACCUGUGCCUGAGGACAGGUGUCAGCCACCUGAUGCCCAAACAGAGGUUGAGACGCAGCCCCUGUCACCCAGCCCACCUGUGGGCGCCUCUGAACUACCAUCCCCCACCAAGGACUUACAGAAGGUACAGCAUAAUGAAGGGACCCAUCUCUCUAGUCCAUCUGUAGAACAAGGAGAUACAACCAGCCCAAAUGUCCUAACUGCUGGAGAACACACAGACUCACUGACCAGCGAGCUAGGGGCUGAACCACUUGUUUCACCCCAGAAACAGAGUACAGCGGAGAAAGGAACCUCUGAUGCCUCACAGCCACACAGUGAACCGCGCAAGAGGGGGAGGCCACCCAAACACAAGAAACCUCAUGCUGUCCCAGAACAUCAGAUCCAGUCCACUUCAGAUUCAGACCCAUGUUCACAGCGAGAGGACCAAAUGAAUGCUUUCACAGUGACACAGCACCUGUCAUCCAUCUCACCUGUGCCUGAGGACAGGUGUCAGCCACCUGAUGCCCAAACAGAGGUUGAGACGCAGCCCCUGUCACCCAGCUCACCUGUGCCUGAGGACAGGUGUCAGCCACCUGAUGCCCAAACAGAGGUUGAGACGCAGCCCCUGUCACCCAGCUCACCUGUGCCUGAGGACAGGUGUCAGCCACCUGAUGCCCAAACGGAGGUUGAGACGCAGCCCCUGUCACCCAGCUCACCUGUGCCUGAGGACAGGUGUCAGCCACCUGAUGCCCAAACAGAGGUUGAGACGCAGCCCCUGUCACCCAGCCCACCUGUGGGCGCCUCUGAACUACCAUCCCCCACCAAGGACUUACAGAAGGUACAGCAUAAUGAAGGGACCCAUCUCUCUAGUCCAUCUGUAGAACAAGGAGAUACAACCAGCCCAAAUGUCCUAACUGCUGGAGAACACACAGACUCACUGACCAGCGAGCUAGGGGCUGAACCACUUGUUUCACCCCAGAAACAGAGUACAGCGGAGAAAGGAACCUCUGAUGCGUCAAAGCCACACAGUGAACGGCGCAAGAGGGGGAGGCCACCCAAACACAAGAAACCUCAUGCUGUCCCAGAACAUCAGAUCCAGUCCACUUCAGAUUCAGACCCAUGUUCACAGCGAGAGGACCAAAUGAAUGCUUUCACAGUGACACAGCCCCUGUCAUCCAUCUCACCUGUGCCUGAGGACAGGUGUCAGCCACCUGAUGCCCAAACAGAGGUUGAGACGCAGCCCCUGUCACCCAGCCCACCUGUGGGCGCCUCUGAACUACCAUCCCCCACCAAGGACUUACAGAAGGUACAGCAUAAUGAAGGGACCCAUCUCUCUAGUCCAUCUGUAGAACAAGGAGAUACAACCAGCCCAAAUGUCCUAACUGCUGGAGAACACACAGACUCACUGACCAGCGAGCUAGGGGCUGAACCACUUGUUUCACCCCAGAAACAGAGGACCGCAGAGAAAGGAACCUCUGAUGCGGCACAGCCACAAGGUGUAAGGCGCAAGAGGGGGAGGCCACCCAAACACAAGAAACCUCAUACUGUCCCAGAACAUCAGAUCCAUCAGGCCCAUUCCCCGACAGAUACACACCCAUGUUCACAGCCAGAGGACCAAACAGAGGCUGAGACACAAUCCUUGACACCCAACUCACCUGUGCCUGGCCCUGAGGACAGGUGUCUGUCACCGGUGAGAAAGAGGAAGUAUACAAAAAAAUCGGAGACUCUGAAGGUAGACCAGUCACAGGAGACAGACCAGUCACAGGAGGGGUCUGCAACAAAAAGGAAAAAAGAGUCUAAAAUAUCUCUAACCAAUAAGCUAGACCAAUCACAGGGGACUGACCCAUCACAGGCGAGUGAGACUUUGAGCAAGAGGAAACAUGCAUCUAAAACGUCACAGACCUCCAAGGUAGCUCAAUCACAGGAAACUGUCCAGUCACAGGAGUUUGUAACAAAAAGGAAAACUGUGCCUAAAAUAUUACCAACCCAUAAGGUAGACCAGCCACAGGAGACUGACCUGUCACAGGAGACUUACCAGUCAAAGGAGUCUGACAAGUCGCAGGAAACUGUGAGAAAGUGGAAACAUACUAGAAAGUCACAGAGCCAUAAGGUAGGCCAGUCACAGGAAACUGGGAGAAAUAGGGAAAAGACAUCUGAAAAAUCUCAGAAGCGUAAAGUAGAGUCACAGGUGGAGACUGAACAGUCACAGGUGGAGACUGACCAGUCACAGGUGGAGACUGUAAAAAAUAGAAAAUAUACUAAGAAAUCACAGAGCCGUAAUGUAGUCUCUGACGUCCCCAUCUCACUCUCUGUGCUAUCUGCAGACCUCUCCCCUAGCCUUUCCUCAUCCACACACAUUCCUCCUGGUGUUCCAAAGAGAAAAUAUAAAAAAAUCACAGACCCACAGGGUAGACUCUGA